AUGUUCGCCGCCCGCACCGCCGCCCGUCGCGCCGCCGCUUCGGCAUCGACCUCCGCAUUGCGCUCUGCGCGCGUUGCGGCGCCCGCGCGCCAGCUGUCUGCGUCGGCUUGCAGGCGGUCAGACGCGCUCUUUAACCACCGGGAUACCGACUACAACAACCCGAAGAUUCCGUUCGAGUUCACGCCCGAGAACCUGAAGGAGGCGGAGAACAUCAUCUCCAAAUACCCCCCACAAUACAAGAAAGCCGCCAUAAUCCCGCUUCUCCAUCUCGGCCAAGAACAACUCGGCUGGACGUCUAUCUCAGUGAUGAACUACGUCGCCAAGCUCGUCGAGGUCAACCCCAUGCGCGUGUACGAGGUCGCGACGUUCUACACCAUGUUCAACCGCGAGCCGUUGGGCAAGCACUUUGUCGAGGUGUGCACGACGACGCCGUGCAUGUUGAGGGGCGCGUACGAUAUUCUUGACGUUGUGUGUGGGCAUCUGGGUGGGAUUAAGCCUGGUGAGACGACGAAGGAUGGGAAGUUUACGGUUGUGGAGGUCGAGUGCCAGGGCGCUUGCAGUAACGCGCCUAUGAUGGCUAUUGCUGGCGACUUCUACGAGGAUCUCACGGAGGAGUCGACCAAGCGGAUAUUGGACACGUUCGCCAAGGGCGAGAAGCCCAAGCCCGGCCCGCAGAGCGGACGGCACACAAGCGAGAACUCGGCUGGCCUGACCGCGCUUACGAGCGAGCCUUACGGUCCCGGCCAGUUCUGCCAGCCUGACUUCCACAAGGCUGCGUUUGGUCCGAGGAGACCGGAAGCUCAAGCGAGGUUCUUAUUGAAGCUUAGUUCGCUUGCGGGAGAAGAACAACGUGCGCGCGGGAUGCAAGUCGCGCCGUAG